AUGUUGUCAAGAUCAAUUCAACGUUUUUCAAGGGUAUGUUUAUAUUUUACAAUAAUCAACGUGAAUUUUAAGAUAUCAUAUCAAUUUAAUCUAAAUUUUUCCUAGCAUCAAGAUUUCAGAAUCACAAAAUCGAAAAUUAUUCGACAUCUCAGACCAUUUAUCAAUGGUUGUCGAGAUGAAUUGUUGUUUAUCAUUAGUGAAUCAUCACGACUCCCGGGGAAAAGAGAUUAUUUUUUUGUCCAUGGGGUUACACGUUUUUUAAAAUUAGUUUGAUUCCGAUCUCAAUUGAUUAUUUGAUUAUAUGUUGAUCCAUGAUAAUGAUAUUACUGAUGCCAUUGGAUAGAUUCAAUAAGUUUUGAUACUAACUAACUUGUCAUCUAGUCUGUCGGUCAACAAAAAAGAUUUUUAUCUUUACAUGAAUAUAGAUCAGCAGCUUUAUUAUCAAAAUAUGGAGUUCCAAUUCCAAAAGGUUAUCCAGCUACUACUCCAGAAGAAGCUUUUGAUGCUGCCAAAAAAUUAGGUACUAAUGAAUUAGUUAUUAAAGCUCAAGCUUUAACUGGUGGUAGGGGUAAAGGACACUUUGAUUCUGGUUUACAAGGUGGUGUUAAAUUAAUUUCAUCAGCUGAAGAAGCAAAAGAUUUAGCUGGUCAAAUGUUAAAUCAUAAAAUUAUUACUAAACAAACUGGUGCUGCUGGUAAAGAAGUUACUGCUGUUUAUAUUGUUGAAAGAAGAGAUGCUAAAUCAGAAGCUUAUGUUGCUAUUUUAAUGGAUAGAUCAAAACAAACUCCAAUAAUUGUUGCUUCAUCUCAAGGUGGUAUGGAUAUUGAAGGUGUUGCUGCUAAAGAUCCAAAUGCAAUUAAAACUUUCCCAGUUCCAUUAGAAGAAGGUGUUUCAGAUAAAUUAGCCACUGAAAUUGCAUCAGUUUUAGGUUUUACAAAAGAAGCUAUUCCAGAAGCUGCUAAAUCUAUUCAAGGUUUAUAUAAAUGUUUUAUUGAAAGAGAUUGUACUCAAGUUGAAAUAAAUCCAUUAUCAGAAACUCCAGAUCAUAAAGUUUUAGCAAUGGAUGCUAAAUUGGGUUUUGAUGAUAAUGCAUCAUUUAGACAAGAAGAAGUUUAUUCAUGGAGAGAUCCAACUCAAGAAGAUCCACAAGAAGUUGAAGCUGCACAAUAUGGUUUAAAUUUUAUUAAAUUAGAUGGUAAUAUUGCUAAUAUCGUUAAUGGUGCAGGUUUAGCUAUGGCUACUAUGGAUAUUAUUAAAUUAUACGGUGGUGAACCAGCAAAUUUCUUAGAUUGUGGUGGUACUGCUACUCCAGAAACUAUUGAAAAAGCUUUUGAAUUAAUUUUAUCAGAUAAAAAAGUUAAUGGUAUUUUUGUUAAUAUUUUCGGUGGUAUUGUUAGAUGUGAUUAUGUUGCACAAGGUUUAAUUGGUGCUACAAAGAAACAUCAAUUAGAAAUUCCAGUUGUUGUUAGAUUACAAGGUACAAAUAUGGCUGAAGCAAAAGAAUUAAUUCAAAAUUCAGGAUUAAAAUUAUUUGCUUUUGAAGAUUUAGAUCCAGCUGCUGAAAAAAUUGUUUCAUUAUGCCCACCAAAAAAUUAA